CCCUCGGCGGCGGCGGGCGGAAGGCCGAGGGCGGCGGCGCCAUGCCCGGCCCGGCGACGCCGGGGUCCGGCCCCGACCCCGAGGAAAGCUACGACUUCCUCUUCAAGCUGGUGCUCAUCGGGGACGCCAGCGUGGGCAAGACCUGCCUCGUACAGCGCUUCAAAACAGGGGCCUUCGCGGAGCGCCAGGGCAGCACCAUCGGCGUGGACUUCACCAUGAAGAGCCUGGAGAUCCAGGGCAAGCGGGUGAAGGUGAGCGGCGGGGCCGAGGGACGGCCGCUACCCCGUGCUACGGUGCCGGCCCGGCGGGGGAACUGCGGGGGGAGCUGCGGCCGGCACGGCACGGCACGGCACAGCCCUCGGCUGCCCGGCCCGCUGCCGGCUCCUCCAGCCCUCUGCUUACUUAUCCAUCCCUGCGGUGCUGCCGUGCUCGGAGGAAGGGCUGCGCAGCUCCGGUGCCUCCUUCCCAAACGGCCUUGGGACGAGGCUGAACCCAGCCUGUGUAUUAACUUCUCUAGCUGCA